UAUCCGGUGUUCAAAUUCAGAGGCGGGUUUAUCCAGCUAGUAAACUAAACUUCAAUUUUAACAUGGAGUUCGUUAACAGCGUGUUACCGAAGUGUGUCGGCGAUGAAACCGUGGAAUCAGCGGCAGGAGACGGUUUGCUUCUCUGCGCUCAGUGCAACACGGUCCUGGGAGAAUCGUCUGGCGUCUGUGGAGAGAUGAAUAGUUUGGACUCCAUCGUGUGUUUAAGAACAACCAAUGACGUUGUCAUCAGUAAUGAAGUGGAGUUAGGACAUAAAGGGGAAAUAGCGAAAUGCAUCUACAGUUCUCUAAAAUGCAGUGGCUGUGACUCUGCUGUGGGCAUAGUAAUUCACUCGGCUCCAUCUCGUCUGGCCGCGAUCCGCUCCCUCUUUCUCCUCAACAAAGCAAACAUCACUUGCUACAUCCUUGGUAGCCAAUCAGUAGUGAAAGUGUCUUCACUCUCAUUUGACGUGAAGCCACUCGGACCAAGUAUGAACAUGGUGAGGAAGCAGUUUACAGCACAUUUGGAGCAGAUGACACAAAUGAAGAGGAGACUGGAUAACAGCAGCGUGAACAGUUCAUCGGACAGAUAACAGGAUCAAGUGAUGUGGACUUGUCAUCAUGUUGUCUCCUUUGGGCUGUAGUGAGAGUUGAUUGUGUAUGUUUUUUGUGUCAUGCAGGAAUCAGUGCAGUGUCUGUAAAGACACAUUAAUGUUAAUAAUCUAUUUUGUUUGUCAUGUGAAAAGAAGUACAUGUUGACACUGUACUAUUUCACACAAGCAGUUUGUCAAAAGUGGAUCUACAUCAGAAUUUAAAAAAAAAAAAAAAAUGUAUUGAUUAAAUCUAUAGUUUGUAACUUUAAUAAUAAAGUGUGCUUCUCUUGCUCUCAG